UCUCGCUAAAGAUAAGAUAUUGAGUUCUAAGAGAGAGAGAAGGGAGGGGAUCCAAUGCCUGGAGGUGCACUGUGUUGUUGUGUUCCUUUCUUCUUCUUUCUACUUGUCGGGUGGUUCCCAAAUUUUUGUUUGGGAGGUGACCCUUACGCGUUCUUUGAAUGGACUGUCUCUUACAUCACGGCUUCUCCCCUUGGAAGUAAACAACAGGUAAUAGGGAUUAAUGGGCAGUUUCCAGGGCCAAUUCUCAACGUCACUACCAAUUGGAAUGUUGAUAUUAAUGUUAAGAAUGAUCUUGAUGAGCCAUUGCUUCUCACUUGGAAUGGCUUACAGCAUAGGAAGAAUUCUUGGCAAGAUGGUGUUUCAGGGACAAAUUGUCCAAUUCCUGCUGGUUGGAACUGGACAUAUCAGUUUCAGGUCAAAGAUCAAAUAGGAAGUUUUUUUUACUUCCCUUCCCAAAACUAUCAGAGGGCUGCAGGUGGAUAUGGGGGAAUCAUCAUUAACAACAGAGAUGUUAUUCCGUUACCCUUUUUGAUGCCUGAUGGUGAUAUUAUACUCUUUAUUGGUGACUGGUAUACAAAGAGUCAUAAGAAGCAAAGGAAAGACGUUGAGAAUAAUAAAGACCUUGGAGUUCCUGAUGGUAUCCUCAUUAAUGGAUUUGGUCCCUAUCGCUAUGAUGCAGCAGUUGUUCCAGAGGGCAUUGCUUACCAGACAAUAAAUGUUGAACCAGGAAAAACGUACCGCCUCCGGGUUCACAAUGUUGGAACCUCAACCAGCUUAAAUUUCAGGAUACAAAAUCAUAACUUAGUACUUGUUGAGACUGAAGGAUCAUACACAGUUCAACAAAACUACACAAAUAUGGAUAUUCAUGUUGGUCAAUCGUACUCAUUUUUGGUUACGAUGGAUCAAAAUGCCAGCAGCGAUUACUACAUCGUUGCCAGUCCUCGGUUUGUUAAUUCGUCUGAUUGGGACAAAGCUAAGGGAGUGGCUAUCUUGCACUACUCAAACUCUCUGGGACCUGCUUCAGGUCCUCUUCCUGAUCCUCCUACUGUACUCGACACGUAUUUCUCAAUGAAUCAAGCUCGAUCCAUAAGGUGGAAUGUCUCUGCUAGUGCUGCUCGUCCCAAUCCACAGGGAUCUUUCAAGUAUGGUGAGAUUACCGUGACAGAAGUAUAUGUAAUUCUCAAUAGACCUGCUGAGCUUAUAGAUGGGAAGUGGCGUACGACCCUCAACGGUAUUUCAUACUUGCCACCUUCAACACCCCUAAAGCUUGCUCAGCAAUUCAACAUUUCAGGGGUCUACAAGCUUGAUUUCCCGUACAGAUUGAUGAACAGACCUGCGAAACUUGAUACUUCUGUUAUUAAUGGUUCUUUCAAAGCUUUCAUGGAGAUCAUCUUUCAGAAUAAUGAUACCAAUGUACAGAGCUACCAUAUGGAUGGCUAUGCAUUCUUUGUUGUGGGUAUGGAUUUUGGAGUGUGGACAGAAAAUAGCAGAGGCACAUACAACAAAUGGGAUGGUGUUGCACGCAGCACUACACAGGUCUUUCCCGGAGCUUGGACAGCUAUUUUAGUUUAUCUUGACAACCCCGGGAUAUGGAACCUCCGUACUGAGAAUCUCAACUCAUGGUAUUUGGGCCAAGAAGUUUAUAUGAAUGUUGUAAAUCCCGAGAUUGACAAAUCUGAGCCUCUAUUGCCUGACAACGCCAUAUAUUGUGGUCUGCUUUCACCCUUACAGAAAGACCAAGCUCAAAGAGUUAAGUUUUCGAGCGCACCAUCGAUUUCCAGCGCAGAUAGAACAGUUUUACUUGCAUUUGUCAUAGCCCUCUUUAGUUAUUUUACGAUGUAACAGAGUUUUGCAUCACCUAUUAGUGAGCAGUAUGAUCAUAUUCUUUAAACCUGGAAUAUACUUGGGCCGUUCAAGGAAUUCAAUUUGUUUCCACAGUGCAGGAAUCCAUUUACUGAAGGUAGUGUACAAUUUUGUUGGAUAAAAGCCUUGUACCAUCGCACUUACAGCAUGUAUCAUUAACAAUAUAAAUUUUUGAAGUAAUUGCAUAUAAAUGUUGAAUGCGUUGGGACAUAGAAUUUGUGACAUUUCCUUGGGCCUGUAGAUUAAUUUAGUUUAUACCCAAUUGAGAUGGUGGACUUGGCAAUGUAAUCAAUUUAUAUUUUUGUUGCUGAAAAACUAUCGAUAUGGUACUUGUGGUGCU